AUGGCGGAGUUUGUAGUCAGGCCAUUGGUAUCCAUGUUGACAAACAAGGCGUCCAGCUACCUGCUGGACCAGUACAAGGUGAUGAAUGGCUUGGAGGAGGAGCGCGAGACCCUGAAGCGCAAGCUUCUGGCGAUCUUGGAUGUCAUCCAAGAUGCGGAGGACAAAGGAGCUUCCCGGCCUGGAGUGAGUGCUUGGCUCGGAGCGCUGAAGAAGGCAGCCUAUGAGGCGAACGAUGUCUUCGACGAAUUCAAGUAUGAGGCCCUCCGGCGUGACGCCAAGAAAAAGGGACAUUACAAGAAGCUUGGCUUUGACAUCGUAAGCCUCUUCCCUGCUCACAACCCCAUUGCAUUUCGUUACAGGAUGGGCAAGAAGCUGUGUAAGAUUAUGCACAAAAUUGAGAACCUUGUCAGAGAGAUGAAUGACUUUGGAUUCAACCAAACUCAGCAAGCACCACCAUCCAAGCAGUGGCGCAACACAGAUUCCAUAAUAAUUGACUCUGAGAAGGGUAUUGUCAGCAGGUCCAGAAACGAAGAGAAGAAGAAGGUCGUGGAUAUAUUGAUUGAUCAAGCUGGUGACAGGGAUCUCAUCGUCCUUCCCAUUGUUGGAAUGGGUGGACUGGGCAAGACCACGUUCGCUCAACUUGUCUACAAUGAUCCUGGAAUCAAUGAGCAUUUCCAGCUCCAGAGGUGGUGUUGUGUGUCUGAUGAUUUUGACGUUGUUAAGAUUGCAAGCAGCAUCUGUGAGACCAAUGAGAUCAAUCGUGAGAAGGCAUUGCGGAACCUUCAGAAAGAAGUAACUGGAAAAAGGUUCCUUAUUGUGUUGGAUGAUGUAUGGAAUGAAGAUGCUGAUAAGUGGGAAAAACUCAAGACCUGCCUCAAGCAUGGUGCCAAGGGGAGCGCAAUACUGACGACCACUCGCAAAACACAAGUGGCUCAAAUUAUGAAGACAUGUAUUGAUGAUAGCCAUAAUCUUGGAAAACUAGAUAAAGUAUUUCUUAAGGAAAUAUUUGAAAAUAGAGCAUUCCGUUUGCAAAAGCCAAAGGCUGUUGAGCUAAGCGAUGUGGUUGAUAAGAUUAUGGACAGAUGUGGAGGCUCUCCUUUAGCUGCCAAAGCCUUUGGAUCUAUGUUGAGUAACAAGACUAGCAUGAAAGAAUGGACAGACAUACUAGCCAGAAGCAACACUUGCAAUGAGGGCACAGAAACUUUUCUUGUACUAAAGCUCAGCUAUGAUGACUUGCCAUCACACUUGAAACAAUGCUUUGCCUUUUGUGUUGUAUUUUCCAAAGAUUAUGAGAUUGAUGUUGAAACAUUAAUUCAGCUAUGGAUGGCACAUGAUUUCAUACCAUUGAAAGAAGGUGAAAAUCUUGAGAAGGUUGGUAGAGAAAUUUUUGUUGAGUUAACUUGGAGGUCAUUCUUUCAAGAUGUCAAGCGAAUCCCUCGAAGAGAAUGGGAGGGGGAGCUCCGUCCUAGAACAAUAUGCAAGAUACAUGAUCUUAUGCAUGACAUUGCCUUGUCUGUUAUGGGCAAAGAUUGUCUUACUAUAGUUGCUAGGCCUAAUGAAAAGGAGUUAGUGUCCACUGGUCCUACACGCUACUUGUUCUCAUCAUAUGUGUAUAUCGGAACUCUGUUGGAUGAUUAUCUGAAGAAACACUCUCCCGGUCUCCAGACACUGUUGUAUCCGGAUCGCUUGACCUAUGGCUCAGCACCACACUUGUCGAAGUACAAUCAUCUGCGAGCAUUGCAACUCUUUGAAUUGCCAAAACUUCCACUCCAACCAAGGCACUUACAGCACCUAAGGUAUCUUGAUCUCUCAACGAAUAUGUCAAUUGAAGAGCUUCCCAAGGAAAUAAGCAUACUGUAUAAUCUACAGACUCUUAAGCUUUGUAAAUGCAUAAGGCUUGGUCGACUGCCAGAGGAUAUGAAGUGUAUGGAAAAUCUCCGCCACCUCUAUACAAAUGGAUGCUCAUCAUUGAAGUGCAUGCCUCCAGGCCUCGGGCAACUCACUUCUCUACAGACUCUAACAUAUUUUGUGGUGAGCUCUAGUCCUGGUUGCAGUACUAUUAGAGAACUACAGGACUUAAAUCUUGGUGGUGAUUUAGAGUUAUCUCAUCUUCAGUUUGCAACUGAAGUAGAUGCUCAAGCAUGCAGCCUUGGAAAUAAAGAGAAACUUACACAUUUAUCUCUUAAAUGGGGUGAUGACAGCAGUGAUGAAUUGGGCCACCACAGGAAUGUGCUUGAUGCUCUUAAACCUCAUGCUGCCCUGGAGUUUCUAAGAAUACGCUCCUAUAGAGGUACUGGCUUCCCGGCAUGGGUGGUAAGUAUUAAUUUUCUGCAGCAUUUGACCGAGCUCAAGCUAGAUGGUUGUACAAGGUGUGAGGAAUUUCCCCAAUUUGGUCAAUUUAAGUCCCUUGAAGUUCUUGUUUUGAAAAGGUUGAACAAACUUCAAAGCCUAUGCAAUCAUAGUUCAUCUGCAAUAUUUCCAGCAUUAAAAGAUCUCAGAUUAAAAAAAUUGGAGAUUUUUGAGAGAUGGGUGGCAACAGAAGGAGAAGAGUUAGCAUUUCCUCAGCUUGAAAAUGUUAAAAUUAAGGACUGCCCAAAGCUAGCAAUUCUGCCUGAAGCACCAAAACUCAAGUUUAUAACUCUAAAAGAAGAAAAGGCACAGCUAUCCUUAUCAAUAUUGAAGGCCAGGUAUAUGUCUUGCUUGUCUAGGGUUGGCCUAUCCGUCAGUGAUGAUACAGAAGCAGCACCAAUAACAGAGCUUGAUCAGGAUUGUGAAGUAUCUCUUUCGAACCUGCUGUUGGAUGGUUGCAACUUUUUGUUCUGCUCAACUCCAUUGCAGCCAACUGUUGGGGUCUGGAAAUGGUUUGGUCAGCUUGUGCAUUUGACUCUCAAAUCUUGUGAUGUGCUCAUCUACUGGCCUGAAGAAGAGUUCCGUUGCUUGGUAUCAUUGAAUAGUUUAUCCAUUAAUUCCUGCAGCAAGCUAGUAGGCCGCACCCAGAGGAAAGGAUGCCGUACUCAAGUAAGGGAUCAACUCGUGCCAAAUCUUAAAGAACUAACAAUACAUCAUUGUGGAAGUUUGACAGAGCUUUUCGUUCUCCCUCCAUCUCUCACAAGUAUUGAUAUGCUGGAUUGCAAUAGUCUUGAGUCCAUACUGGGGCAGGAUGAUACAGAGUUGGAGAGUAUACUACACUUUGAUGCAGCAUCAUCAUUGGAACACUUCAAUGACCUCACGUCCACAUGUUUGCUAGAGCAUUCACCUUCACCCAGGAUUAAUCCUUUGCAAUGUCUUGAUUUUUUGAGUAUAAUUAGCUGUAAGAACCUUCGUUUCAUGCCAACGCAGUUAGAUGCACUCCAAUUUUUGGAUAUUGAUGAUUGCAAUGGGCUGGAGUCGCUGGAUUGUUUGGGAGACAUGCUGUUACUGGAAACUCUAUACCUUAUAAGAUGCAAACAUCUGGCAUCUGUACCAGGAAGUCUUGGGAGUUACUCGGCACUUACGAAGCUCUGCAUUCAAUACUGCCCAGCUUUAAAUAUGAAGCCACUUUAUGGACAUCUCCAACAACGGCUUGAUAGCCUUGAAAUGAAGGAUCUAUCUAAUGCUGGUUCAAGCUGUCCUAGUGAAGGGCCUAAACUAUGGGAACCAAAGUCCUGGAAAUAUAUGGUUCCUUCACUGCGCAAGCACAAGCACUGAAUAAAGAUGAGAAGAUAUCAUGGUCGCUCCUGUGCAUACAAGUGAUGAACACAAUUGGUAACUACCCUAUUCAAGGGAGUGGAGUUCUUUUAUUUGCCUGCUCCCUAAGCUCUGAUGAAAAUAAGCCGCUCGAAGGCCUGAAGCAUGGAGAAAAUGAACUCCAACUUGCAGAACUUCAAAUUGCUCGUGCUGAAUCGUAUUUACUUUAUGCAGAACAAACAGGCAUGUCCUUGAGCAAAUCGUCUCUGAAGCAUGGAGUCGCGAGCCUUUAGUUUUCCUUGUGUACUUACAGUCCACUGUAAUACGGUGUGCUAUUUCACAUCUUUUUCAUAAUCUUUAGAGCAGAGUUAGUUCA